AUGCAGCCACCACCUCAGACUGUUCCUUCUGGAACAGGAGGACCACCUCCUGUAGGAGGUCCUCGCAAUAUGUAUUGGUCUAACAGCCCAUAUAGCAGGCGGGCUAAUGCACCAAUGACUGCUGUAGCUGGCCCAGUGCAGCCUGUAACAGAUCCUUUCGCAUUUGGCCGACAGACUCCACAAGGAACAGCAUUAGGCAAUCCGUCCAAAGGCAACUCACUUGUUAUGCAAGGUCCUUCCUCACCAAUGUUUUCUCAGCCACCUGGUAUGCAUGUACCUCAUACCCAUGCAGGGGAUAAUUCACAAGGACUUUAUACAUCUUUGUCUGGGCCUGUAUCACAACCUGAAGUAAAUACUGAUUCGUUUACAAAUGUAUUGGCUCCUGUUGCAAUGCCUGGACAUGUUAUGAAUAGUAGUGCAGAAAUUCAUCCAACUGUAGAACCUGGAAUUCAGGCUUCAUCUGUUCCUUCUCAUUAUAAUCCUGGAGCAGGACUUGAAAAUUCUUUGGGGGGACAUCUUCAGUGUGGUGUGCCUCUGCCUGGUAGGCCACUAAGUAGGCAAGAUCCAAAUGGUGGCACUCCAGCACCAACUACAUCAUUCUUUCCUCAACCUCAUCAGCAAACCCCAGUUCAAUGGAGACCAGUUCAAGGAAGUCCACAGUCUUCAAUUCAGAAUUAUUCACCAUAUACCGAGCCACCUUCUCAGAAUGCAGUUCCCCUUGCUUCUAGUAGUUCUCAUUUUUUUCCUCAAGCAAAUAUGCAUCAAGUUCCUGGACAUCAGCAACAUGUCCCAUUUGUGUCUCCAUCAGGACCCUUGGUUAGUGAAAAGAGUGAGAUAGUCCCUUCUCAGAGUGGCAACUACACAGCAAAUAACUUUCAGCCUGAAAAUAUGUUUAGGCAAAAUCUAGGAGUGAAUAGUAGUUGGCCUAGUCAGGAUUUUAGACAGAAUCUAGGAGGGAGUAAACAGCAUUUACCAGACCCUACUCUAGUUAAUCCCAUUGCUCAGGGAAAUAGCUUAGAAAACCAACCACAGCAUAGAACUGAAGCUGUAACAAGUCAUGUACCCCCAGAAGCAAAUUCAGGAACUAUUACAAUGUUUUUCAAAGGGGAAGAGGCAGAAAAUGAGGAAAAUCUUUCAUCAGAAAAAACAGACACUGCUGUUAAGUCUGACUUUGAUGGCUUUCCAUCGAAUUCUGGACAUGGAUGCCAUCACCUUCCUCAUCCUAUGCAGGUUGGAGCAAGUGCCCCUUUUCAGUCAUCAGUUCCUAAAGGUUCAGCUAAUGAAUCUUCUCAACAGGUUAACGAUGACAAGGCAUGUACUGUUAAAACUUGUGGUACUGUUGGCUCACAGUAUGAAAAUGUUGAGAACUUAGAGUGCAUUCAAAAUCAAGAAGUUCCACCAAGUGAACCCCCAAAUUUGAAUCCUUCCUCUUCAAACGAUCAGUUCAGAUAUGGGCCACUCCCAGGGCAGUCAGUUUCAAAGCACAGUAUUGUAAGUUAUGCUGAAGGAGGGCCAAAUCUAGAGGCACCUGACUCAGUACCUCACCCAGUCCGAUCUGAUAGUGUAUCCUCCAACUAUAGUAGUAUAAGUCAUAGGAGUAUAUCUAGUUCAACAAGACCCCAAGAAUCAGUGGGCACAUUUAUUCAGCAAGAGGUUGGGAAGCCUAAUGAAGAAGCUUCAGAUAGUUUUUUUAAGCAGAUUGAUUCUUCUCCUUUGGUAGGGGAGACAAAUGAUAACAAUAUAAAUAAGAAUUAUCAGAGCAAUCUCUCCCAGCCUCCAACUCCAAGUCCUCCUAAGCCUACAGGAAUAUUUCAGACAAGUGCAAAUAGUUCUUUUGAACCUGUAAGGUCCCAUGGAGUUGGAGUAAAACCUAUUGAGGCAGACAGAGCAAAUGUGGUGGGUGAACUAAGAGAGAACCAUUCCAAGCAGAAUAGCAGUAAACCAACUGUUACAAUACCAGCUGCCUCACCAGGUAAUCUGGAACAACCUCCAGACAACAUGGAAACAAUUUUUACCCCUCGUGCACAUCCUUUGCCUCUUACAACAACUGAUGAAACUGUUAAUAUGCUUUCCCAUGUUGGUGGAACACUUUUGGAAAACGUACCAUUGGCAUCUGAAAAACGACCCUCAAGGGCUCAAGGUGCCACUAAAAAGUGUGAGAGCCCUGCAACUACUUUGUGGGCACAGAAUGAACUACCUAACUUUGGAGGAAAUGUUCUCCUCGCACCAGCUGCCCCUGCACUUUAUGUACCUGCUAAAUCUUCUGAAAUCAUUCAACCUCCAGAUGAGGGAUUAACCAGUCUACAGCCAUGUAAACCAGGCUCUAUUCCUCUCCAUGCUCCCCCGGAUGGCAAUGUGUCCUCUGAAAACCUUGAGAACCCUCCCAAAAUGGGAGAAGAGGAGGCCCUUCAGUCUCAGGCAAGUUCUGGUUAUGCAAGUUUAUUAUCCUCACCACCCACUGAAUCUUUACAGAAUCAACCAAUCUUGAUUGCCCAGCCUAAUCAAAGCUAUAAUUUGACCCAACCCAUUAAUUUUUCUGUGUCUUUGUCUAAUCAAUUAAGUCAUAAUGAAAAUAAUCGUUCUUGCAAAGAUUCUGGAGUGGGGGACAAGUCUGCCCCAAGCAGUCAGCCUCUAUGUGCUGGUGUACCUGGGGAAAGCGUUCCCUUGUCUGGGACUCAAGCUGCAUCUCCUGUUAAUUCACCAUUACCUACCAAUCAUUCCCAUAGUAAUUUUUCACAAGGUCCUGGUACCACUUCUGAAAUGGUUCCUAAUCAGUCUCCCAACUUAUUAGUUCAACCACCAUCUCAUCAGAUGCCACUUAACUUGGUUCCAGAAUGUCAAAAAAAUCAGAAUUCAGAAAGUUUUUCUUCUGAAUACACUACUAAACCAAUGGUUAAUUUGUCUGCUUCUCCUGGGACUAAUCUUCCUUCUGGAAACACUGGUGUAAUGUUAGUUCCACCAGUGAACAGCACCCUAAUACCCCAUGUUAAUAAAACAAAUCUCACCAAUUAUCAGGAAGAAACUUCUGGAGCACUUGACUUUACACUGAACCGGACUUUGGAAAAUCACAGUACAGACAAUUCUGUGCGAAUACAUAAUACAUCACAUUCUAGUGGUCCAACAUUUUCUCAACAAGCCAUCACUAAUCAUACCAGUCAGUCUGGGCCUGAAUUGCAUGAUAAAGAACAUUUUUACCAACAGGUAACAAAAGAUGUACAGCAGCAGAUUGUCCCUGAUAAAUCCCAGCCAGGGGCCCUACCUCCUCAGCAACAAGGGUCAUCAGCUGCUCAGGUGCCCAAGACAGCAUCAGAUUCUUCAAACUCUGGAAAUCAGCCUGAUUCCUUACCAUCUGGAAAUUCACCCCAACUACCAAGCCAGGGUAAGGUAGACCAGCAGCAACUCUCACAAUCAUCUAGUGUUCCAACAACCUCAGCUCACUCUGGCCAACCAGCUAGUCAGCAAGAGCAGCAAUGGCCACCAUCACAGACUCCUCAGAAUGCUUUUGGUCCACCUUCGAACCUGUCAACUUAUUACUAUUAUAGGCAUCUUUAUGAUACCUAUCAACCUCAGUAUCCACCACCCUAUCCUUCAGAUCCUAGAACAGCUUCCCUUUAUUAUCCGGAUGCCUAUGGCUCAUAUGACCCUCGUUAUAGACAUUAUGAUAAUAGUGCUGCUUAUGCUGAAAACUAUCGAUAUGCUGAGCCAGAGCGUCCGAGUUCCAGAGCUAGUCACUGCUCAGAUCGACCAUCUUCCAGACAGGGGUAUCCUGAAGGAUAUUAUACUUCCAAAGGUGGAUGGAGCAGUCACAGUGAUUACUAUGCAAAUUAUUACUCUGGCCAGUAUGAUUAUGGAGAUGCAAAUCGCUGGGAACGAUAUCAAUAUGAUCCCAGGUUUAGAGACCCCAGGAACUAUGACCGAAGGUAUUGGUAUGAUACUGAACAUGAUCAUUACAGGAAAGAAGCAUAUCCUUAUAGUGACAGACCUGAAAAAUAUGAUGAUCACUGGAGGUAUGACCCUCGUUUUACUGGAAGUUUUGAUGAUGAACCAGAACCUCACAGAGAUGCUUAUGAUGAUGAUAGGCGUAGUAUCCACAGUGAGCAUUCUGCCCACAGUCUCCAUAGUACACAUAGUCUACAGAGCCGUCAGAGCAGCUUCAGCUCACGUUCUCAUCAAAGCCAAGUCUAUAGAAACAAUGAUGUGACUGCUAAUUCAUAUGAACGCCCAGCUCCACCAGGCUCCCUUCAUGGAGAUUAUUCCUAUGGCGUUUAUGGUAAUAAUUUCAAUGGUGCACAGGGUUUUACAGAUUAUGGCUACUCUGCAGAAACAGGAUGGCCUACUUCAGAACAAGUUCCUUCAAGACCAACUACACCUGAAAAAUUUUCAGUGCCUCAUGUCUGUGCAAGGUUUGGCCCUGGAGGCCAUCUUAUUAAAGUGCUUCCAAACUUGCCUUCUGAAGGACAGCCAGCUUUGGUUGAGAUACACAGCAUGGAGACUAUGUUGCAGCAUACUUCUGAUCAGGAAGAGAUGAGAUCCUUUCCUGGACCUCUUGCUAAAGAUGAUACCCAUAAAGUGGAUGUUAUUAAUUUUGCACAGAAUAAAGCUACAGAAUGUUUGCGGAAUGAAAAUCUAAUUGAUAAAGAGUCUGCAAGUCUCCUUUGGGAUUUCAUUGUACUGUUAUGCAGACAGAAUGGGACUGUUGUGGGAACAGAUAUUGCGGAGCUCUUGUUACGAGAUCACAAAACAGUGUGGCUUCCCGGGAAGUCACCUAAUGAGGCAAACCUGAUUGAUUUUACUAAUGAGGCUGUGGAACAAGUGGAAGAAGAGGAGUCUGGUGAGGCUCAGCUCUCAUUUCUCACUGACAGUUUGAUGACGACUAUAGACAGUCUUGAAAAAGAGACUGAGAGGUUUAGAGAGCUGCUGCUUUAUGGGAGAAAAAAGGAUGCUUUGGAAUCUGCUAUGAAACAUGGUUUGUGGGGACAUGCUCUGUUACUUGCUAGUAAAAUGGACAGCCGAACACAUGCAAGAGUUAUGACCAGGUUUGCCAACAGUCUUCCAAUUAAUGAUCCCUUACAAACUGUUUACCAGCUUAUGUCUGGAAGAAUGCCAGCUGCAUCCACAUGUUGUGGAGAUGAGAAAUGGGGAGAUUGGAGGCCACACCUUGCUAUGGUUUUGUCCAACUUGAAUAAUAAUAUGGAUGUUGAGUCAAGGACAAUUGCCACCAUGGGUGAUACUCUUGCUUCUAAAGGCCUCUUAGAUGCUGCACACUUUUGUUACCUGAUGGCCCAGAUUGGAUUUGGGGUCUACACUAAGAAAACUACUAAACUUGUUCUAAUUGGAUCAAAUCACAGUUUGCCAUUUUUAAAAUUUGCAACCAAUGAAGCUAUUCACAGAACAGAAGCUUAUGAAUAUGCACAGUCACUGGGAACUCAGCCAUGCUUCUUGCCUAAUUUCCAGGUAUUCAAGUUCAUCUAUGCUUGCCGACUGGCUGAAAUGGGGCUUGCUGCACAAGCUUUUCAUUACUGUGAAGUCAUUUCCAAAACCAUUCUCAAACAACCACGCCAGUAUUCACCAGUGCUGAUUAGCCAGCUCAUUCAGAUAGCCUCCCAGUUACGACUCUUCGAUCCUCAGAUAAAAGAGAAACCAGAACAGGAAUCGUUUAUUGAACCUACUUGGUUAAUACAGCUUCAGCAGCUGAAAAGGCAAAUAGAGGAGGGUGAUGUAAUUUGGAAUCAGGACAGAGCAACUCCACAUCAGUACCCAAGUACACCUAGCUCUGAACUGGAGCAAUAUGAUGGCACAGGACAUGGUCCAGAAAUUGGCCCAGGAACUGACAAUCCAUUAUUAGCAUCGUUGUUGCCUAAUACAGAGCAGUCUAACCAAAAUAUUCGCCUUAUGCCUUCAGCUCCUCAGACCAUCCUUGAAAAUUCAGGCAGUAUGCCUCCUUCCUUCCAACCAGAAAAACCUGACAAUGUACCAUUCUAUCCAGUGCCUUCUGGAUCUAUUGGGCAUGUCCCUGUAUACGGACCACCACUGUCUGUACCUGGGUUUUCAGAUCAGUAUGGUCCUGAGCAUGGAACUGUGUAUCCAGGAUCUAAUGUACCACCAGGUGGGCAACCUCUCCAGGUGACAGAUCCGCUACCCGAAGACUCGAGGAGCCAGGACACAGGAAGAGUGCCACAAGAAUCAUCCAUUAAGAACUCUCUUUCAGAACAAAGAGAAGAGGAUUUUGGUGGGAAAUUUGCCAAUAUGGCGCCAGGACGAAGAUCCAGAACUACCUCCCAGUCUUCAGCACACAUGGAGUAUUCCAGAAAGUGUCCAAACACUGAAUCCUAUAAAGGACGAGAGCGUUCUAACUCUGCCGGGCAGCAGCCUUCUCCUUCUCCAACUUUUGCUUCUGAAGUAAAGAGACCAACCAAAGAUGUCAAAAAAGAGUCCAAGGAACCUAAAAAGAGUGGUGAGUCUUGGUUUUCUCGCUGGAUACAUGGGAAAAAAAAGACAGAAGCUCAUCUGCCAGAUGACACAAACAAAUCAAUUGUAUGGGAUGGAAAGAAACAGCGCUGGGUGAAUUUGGAUGAGCCAGAAGAAGAGAGCAAGCCACCACCUCCACCUCCAACAUCAUUUCCUAAGCUUCCUCAGGUUGCUGCUCCUUCUGGUCCUGGUGGCCCCCCCAAUGCCUCUGUUAACAUGUUUUCCAGAAAAGCAGCAGGAACAAGAGCUCGUUAUGUUGAUGUUUUAAACCCAAGUGGAACAAAACAAAGUGGACCUGUUCCUGCACCCUCUGAUUUAUUUGCCCCACUAGCACCGCUUCCUAUUCCUUCAAACUUGUUUGUACCCAAUUCAGAAGAACAGCCUUUGGAAAACAGUGGUCUAGAGGGGCAGUUACCAGAUGCAUACCAACCUGAUUCAGAGCCUCCUACUGAACCACAGUUGUUAAAUUCUGCCACAUUGCCAUCUGGUUCUGAACUUGCAGCUUCAAACAUGGAUGAUCACCAGUCGGGAGAGCCUCCUAGUCUGCCAUCAUCAGGAGGACCUCCAGUGGGAACUGUACCAUUCUAUAACCCAUCUCAGUUUGCACAACCAUCUGCUAUCGCUGGAAGUUCCAGGCUGGGAAGAAUUGGUCAGAGAAAAUACCCAACACUGAAGUAGACUAUUUUAUACUUUGGAUUAGCUAUUGGGACACUUGAAAUCCUUCUGAUAUACUGAUAAUUCAGAUUUAUUGCACAUGGUAUAGCUACUCUGUUCUGAAAUUGGCAUAACAGUAAUUUAAUGCUGAUUUUUCUUCUGGUUUCCUUUCUUGCAGUCCAUGUGUGAGUUAUUGUCACCAAUAAUUCCACAUUUUAUUUAGGAACCUUGUUGGAAAGGCUGAAUCUAUGAAGCAUUAGAGGGAAAUAGCUGAUAUCUAUUACUCAUACCAACUUCAGAUCUGCAACCAAAAGCAGUUUCCUCAUCCUCAUAAUUUUGGAACCUAGUAGAGUGAUUUAAGAAUGCAAAGUUAGUAUUUGCCCUAGUUACAGAAGUGCAUUUCUUUUCCUGUAGCAAGUACAUUUCCAUUUUCACCUAACUCUCUGUGGCCUUACUAGGACCAUGACUAAUUUUAAUGCACAUAAAGUUACAGUGAUGUUUGUCUCUAUAUGAAGGGUGUUCAGUUAUCAAGAGAACAUCAGCAAAAGAACAUGUAUCUUAGGCUAUGACUGGCGCAUACAGAUCUUCGGGGCCACAGCUGAUCCAAAUUAACCAUUGUUAAAUGAAAACUGUGACUGUAAUAAAUUUGGUUUGGAUUUUAUCUAGUAUGUAUGUAGUUUGUGUUUAGGCUUAUUGUAAAAGAAAUUGUAUAGUACGAAAAGCUCUUUGUAUAAUAGUCAAUGCUGUACUCUUCUGAGGAAUGAUUUUUUUUUUUUACAGUGCAAUAUGGUUAAGUUGCCUUUUUUUUCUCUCAUACUAUUGGCACAGUUUAAUUACAAUGAUCACAUCUUGAAAAUGGUUAAACACAAUAGAAUACUGUCUGAAAUCCUGGAAUCUGUUAUUUCUGCCCCCAAACAGCUUCCAUUUUAGGGUCUUAAGUAGCUAAUAUGUUGAAUUUCAGUCAUGCUAAACUGCAAAUAUAGACCUCUACCUAAUGAACUUGAAAAUCUUUUAGGCUUAAUUUAGAAUAUUUUAAAAACUAUUCAUAACUUGUUAAGUCUGAAGAAGCCCAAUGAGAGAGAAGAUUUAAUAUUUAUAAAAUCAAUAGGUCAUACUUUCUUUAGGUUUUGCUGGGGGAAGAUGAAUAAUUCGUUAACUUUGGAAUUUGAACCUCUAAGAAUAGAAAUGAUGUAAAUGUGGAAUUAGCACUGGUCCUUUUUAUCUGGCUAAUACUCGGAUUAAAUAGGGGAGAGAAUUUUAAAUUCCAAAAUGUUUUGCAGGGUUGUACAAUUAAAUUUAGAAUUCACUAAUUUCAACUUCUAAAAAAGGCAAGUCCUGGUGGAAUUACAGUCUUUUGUUUAUUAGUCCAUAAUCUUAACUCCUGGACUUUCUCAUCAGCAGUCAAUAUGAUUUUCUUUGGUCUUCAAAACUUUGUUUGGAUCCUUGGCUUCCUACAGUUCAGCCCUGCUGCUGAUUGUUCUUUCCGCAUAGACUGCCAAACACCUUUUAAUUCAAGAAGGCUUCCUCUGAUCUGGGAGCUGCUAUUUUUCCUAAAAGUGUUAGAUUUGACACUGUAAAUUCUUAAAUAAAAUAUUUUGCGCUCUGGA